CACACACAUAUGUAUAGAAGACCCAAAUCAUUCCAUUGGCUUCAAGUCAACAAACUCCAUUUUUUGCUUCCUCGAUGUCUUCGACAACUCCUCAUCACGAUGCAGAAGACCCCCCCCAGUUGCAGUUGAAGGAUGGCAAGUUGAUGGCUACGUUUAAUCCCAGACAGCUGAACGUUAUCUGGGGCAGAGAUCCCCGCUACUGGAAGAUGCCAGAAAAGACCAGCGGCGGUCCUGCAGAACUAUUGCAGGUAUGCUUGCUUGAAGUGAGUGGCAGUCUCCCCAUACGCAGCAGCGCACCAAGUGGAACCAAGUUCAGAAUUACCUUCCAAGUAUCCUUCAAAUCCGAUGCAUUUGGAUGGAAUAACUGUCCCGUUUGUGUGAUGGCUAAGUUUGGGAAGAAAGGAAAGUACACGUGGACGAAAAUAACGCUGCGUACUGACUAUUCACGGCCAACCAAUAUCCUCCCCUCACCUGAGGGCCUGGAGAUUACCAAAGAUGCUUCAAAUGCAAAUGAUACCAUUUACUUUGGCCUAUAUGAAGUAUGGAGUGGGAAGUGGAAGGGAGGAUUAGAACUUCAUAAUGCCACGGUUGAACAAAUCAAUAAUAAAUAGUGAUGCGCGGCAGUACCCAGAAAACAUUAAUAUGUGUUUGUGCGUGUGUCUGUGUGCAGUGUGCAGCGUGCAGCGUGCAGUCUUGCACAUUCAAGAGUAUGGCUUAUAUCAUAGGUAUUAAGGAUGCUGAAUAAAAGGGUAAAAAUGCUGCUACUCAUCCGAAUUCUCAUUUGCUGAAAUCAUUGCCACCACAACCAGUUUUUCCUAUAUGUGGCUUCUUCUAGGAAUGAUUUCAUCUUUUGGGUGUUUGGAUUGCAGAGCACUUUUCAUAAAUAAAAGUAUAAAACAAGUUGCUGGUUACUCUCUUCCUCUGGAAUAUUGUUGUAUUAUGUAUUAUGUAUUAAAUCAUUAAGCUAAUGAAGUUCACUUUCUUGGGUUUCUAUACCACCA